AAUGUCGAUACAGGGUUAGUAUAGAAGUAGUAAUCGACAUCGCUUUAUUUUUCUGCGUGUCCGGUCAAAAGGAAGAAAUUUAGUUGUCGCUGAAAAUUUCGUGAUUCGAAAUUUCAAUUGCAAGUAAAUUCGCAAACAUGAUUCACAUCACUUUUAUACUCAUCGUCGCGAUCUUUGUGACGAUCGACGCGCAAUUGUACAGGAUACCAUUACACAAGAUGAAUUCUACUCGACACACUUUGAAGAAUGUUGCCUGUUUCAAAUAUCCUACAGACGAAGAUGGCCCUUAUCCUUCGGUGCCUUUAUGGAAAUAUGUAGAUUCUCAGUAUUAUGGUAAUAUUACUAUCGGAACUCCGCCGCAGGAAUUUAAAGUAAUAUUUGAUACUGGUUCCGCAAAUCUUUGGGUACCAUCCAGAAAGUGCAACGUUUUUUAUAGCAAUUUUUGCGACACGCAUCCGAAUUAUGAAAGUAAAAAAUCUAGUACAUAUAUAGAAAAUGGUACUGAUGUUCAAAUUGACACUGGCAGUGGCAAAAUUGAGGCAUUUGUAUCUACUGAUGUAGUGAAUGUUGCCGGUCUCAAUAUUGCCAAUCAAUCAUUUCUGGAAGCAACAUACGUGCCAGACCUUGCAGUCCUUCAUGCACGUUAUGAUGGUAUUUUGGGCUUGGGUUAUGCCUCUAUAGCUAAUGGCGGAGUAAGGCCUGUGUUCGAAAAUAUGAUACAUCAAGGCCUGUCAUUGCCUAUUUUCAGCUUCUAUUUGAAUAAAGAUCUGUCGAACGAUUACGGUGGUGAAUUAAUAUUGGGUGGUACCGAUCCUGAUCGUUACACUGGCGCGAUUACGUAUGUUCCUGUUACUAAGAAAGGAUUCUGGCAAUUUACUCUGAAAGGGAUCAAAAUACGUAAUUAUACCUUCUGCGCGGAUGGCUGUCAAGCUUACGCUAUUACAGGCACUCAAGCAGUAUCAGGACCACUUUCGAACAUCACUAUUAUUAAUGACCUUAUUGGAAGUGUUCAUGAAAGUGGAAUUUAUUAUACAAGCUGCAACAGGAAAAACCAUGUUUAUAUGCCAGAAAUCAGUUUUUCUAUAGGUGAUGCAGUGUUUCCUCUUAACAGUCAGGAUUACAUCCAACAGGUAUCACCACUAAAUACCAUAUUGUGUUCAACCAGUUUUGAAUGGUAUCAAACUAAUGAUGUAAAUGACAAUACGUGGAUUCUAGGAGAUGUAUUUCUUGGCCGUUAUUAUAGCGUGUAUGAUCUUACCACAGACCAUGUGGGAUUUGCACCAGCGACAUUCGAAAUUUCAAUCGCAAAUAAAUUCGCAAACAUGAUUCGCAUCACUUUUAUGCUCAUCGUCGCGAUCUUUGUGAUGAUCGACGCGCAAUUGCACAGGAUAUCACUACACAAGAUGAAUCAACGCACUUUGAGGAAGGUUGCUGAUAUUCCAAAAGUUUCUAUAAUCAAAGCUAGCACUCAUACGGUGAUUUUAUGGAAAUACGCAGAUGCUGAGUAUUAUGGUUUUCUCAGUAUCGGAACUCCGCACCAGGAAUUUAGAAUAUUGUUUGAUACUGCUUUCGCAAAUUUUUGGGUACCAUCCAGAAAGUGCCUGAAUAUUAAUAGCUAUUUUUGCAAAACCCAUUUGAAAUAUAAUAGUACAAAAUCCAGCACAUAUAUAAAAAAUGGUACUGAGAUUGACAUUGACACUGGCAAAGGAAUUAUUAUUGAAGGAUUUGUAUCUACUGAUGUAGUGAGAAUUGCCGGUCUCAAUGUUAAAAGACAAUCAUUUAUAGAAGUAACACGCGUGUCAGACCUUCUGUACCGUCAUGCACAUUUUGAUGGUAUUUUGGGCAUGGGUUAUGCUUCUAUAUCCAAAGGCGGAAUAAGGCCUGUGUUCGACAAUAUGAUACAUCAAAAACUAGUGUCAAAACCCAUUUUCAGCAUUUACUUGAAUAGAAAUCUUUCAGACUAUGUCGGUGGUAAUUUAAUAUUGGGUGGUACCGAUCCCGAUCUUUACGAAGGCGAAUUGACGUAUGUUCCUGUUAUUGAAACAGGAUACUGGCAAUUUGCUAUGAAAGAGAUCAUAGUACGUAAUUAUACCUUCUGCGCUGGUGGCUGUCCAGCUAUCCUUGUUACAAGCAGCCCAUUUUUAUAUGGACCAGCAUCGAACAUCUCUAUUAUUAAUGACCUUAUUGGAAGUGUUCGUGAAAAUGGAAUUUAUUAUUUACUCUGUGACAAGAGAAACUCUUCUAGUAUGCCAGUAAUCAGUUUUUUUAUAAGUAAUAAAGUGUUCAAUCUUACCAGUGAUGAUUACAUCCAACCGAUAUCACCAUUUAAUACGGUGAAAUGUUACUCCGGUUUUCAAGAUCAUGACUCUGAUGAAGAUGUCUGGGUUCUAGGAUAUGUAUUUCUUGGCCGUUAUUAUAGCGUGUAUGAUUUUGAAAAAAACCGAGUGGGAUUGGCCCCAGCGAAAUAAAUGUCGAUUGCUAUUUCUUAAAAUUAUAUAACAAGACAUCCAAUUAAAUGAUAACUUUGCGAAUAAUUUGGUAACCUUUUAUGGUUUUUUAAUGUUUAUUGACUUGUAGUUUUUAUCUAUAAUAACUUGAUACAUUGUUAUAAACGGAUUUAUUCGUUUUGAAAAAUUAAAAUGAGCAUAUAUAUGGAAAAUAAUUUCCAUGCAUUUGAUAUAUUUUCUUUUCAGACACGUACUGUAUUCUAUUUCUGAAGACA